AGCUGGGAUGGUGCGGGAAGAGGGAGGGCUUUUCCGUGGCCCUGGCCAGGCAGUGCCCGUUGCCAGAGGCGCGGAGCUGGCGCCUGCCAGGGCCCGGCAGCUCAUGGCCUCUGCUCCCUGUCUGGGUCCCGCAGGCUCUCCUCCCUCCAGCAGCCAUGGCGUGCUACAGCCCGUGCCUGCCCGCUGCCUGCGGCCCAACCCCGCUUGCCAACAGCUGCAACGAGCCGUGCGUCCUGCGCUGCGCCGACUCCAGCGUUGCCAUCCAGCCCUCGCCAGUGCUGGUGACGCUGCCGGGCCCGAUCCUCAGCUCCUUCCCGCAGAGCACAGCCGUGGGAUCCAGCGCCUCGGCUGCCGUGGGCAGCUCUCUCAGCGCUGCCAGCGUGCCCAUCGCUUCUGGGGGCUCCCUGGGGCUGGGGGGCUAUGGCUGGGCAGGGCUGGGCCGGGGGCUCGGCGGGGCUCUGGGACGUGCCAAUCUCUUAUGCUGAAGCCCGUGCAUUGCCUGCCCGUGCUCCAGCGCCAGCAGCCUCCACCAAA